AUGGCUCAAACACUCCAGUUCACCAGCUACGAGCAUGAGGAUGCCUGGGACGUGAAUUGGCUGCGGGUGGAUGACACCCAUGAACUUUACUAUCAACAGUUUGGCAAGAAGGACGGAAAGCCUGUCAUCUACCUCCAUGGUGGGCCUGGCGGGAACUGCUCCAAAACCAACACGGUCUUCUUCAACCCCUCUGAAUACCGAGUGGUUCUGCUCGACCAGCGAGGCUGUGGUCAAUCGCGCCCUAAUGCCAACACAACAGACAACACUACUUGGCAUCUCGUCGAAGACAUCGAAAAGCUGCGCAAGCAUCUGAAGUUUUCCAAAUGGCACAUGGUCUUUGGUGGCUCCUGGGGAUCCACACUCGCUCUAGCAUAUGCGCAAACACACCCCGAUAGUGUAGGUAGUCUAGUCCUGCGCGGCAUCUUCACCGUGCGAGACAUCGAACUCAAGUGGACCAACCAUGCAGGCGGCGCGCAAAUGCUGUUUCCCGACCGCUGGGAGGACUUUAUCAAGUUUUUACCAGAGGAAGAACGUUCCGAUCAUAUCGGCAACUACCACAAACGCCUCAUGUCUUCGGACUCGUCUAUCAGUCAUCCCGCGGCUGAGGCGUGGAACACGUGGGAGCUAUCAAUCAGCACCCUGUAUCCUGACCCACACGCGUACAAGAAACUGAAAGAACCAGCCUAUCUGCUCGCACAUGCUAGGAUGGAGAUCCACUACUUCAUCAACAAAGCAUGGAUGGAAGACGGGCAGCUGUAA